AUGUCCUCCAAGACAAAAGACAAAGAAGAAGACAAAGAAGAAGAAAAGACCCAGAAGCCUCCCUAUGAGGUGAUUAUCAUUGGAUCCGGUCCUUCGGGUUUGAUCUCUGCCAAGAUUUUGUUGGAGAAGGGCUCCAUUGGACGAGAAACAGUUCCCUGUGAAAUCCGCGACGACAAGGAUGACACACUGGUGGCCACCAUUCCAUCAUCUCCUCAACCCGUCUACGAAGAACUACGGGCCAACUUUCCCAAAGAUUUGACGUCCUUUUUGGGCUAUGACUUUGACGUGGCGGUCUCCAUGUUCCCCAAGGCAUCCACUCUGGCCACCUAUUACCAACGAUUUGGAAAAGCACAUGGGGUCGAUAAGGUCGCCCGGUAUCGUCAACGGGUGGUUCAGUGCCGCAAGCAAGAAACCAAGAUUAGUUCUUCUUCGAAUGACAAGGAGGAGACAACCGAACUCUUGUGGACCGUGGAAACCAUCGACACGGCCCAACCACCCAAGAAAUCGAAACAAAUCUUUACGAGUCGCCGUUUAUUGGUCGCCAAUGGCCAUUUCCGAAAGGCUUUUGCUCCCAUGAUCCCUGGUUUGCAAAGCUUUCAAGGGGAAAUGAUACAUUCCUCGGCGUUUGUGUCACCCAUCAACACCAAAAAGUAUUCCUGGCAGGACAAGACCGUCCUCAUUGUCGGAGGCGGCAUUUCGGGAAGCGACAUUGGACGAAUCCUCGCCAAGCGGGGCAACUGCGCCAAGGUCAUUGUGUCUGUCCGCACAUAUCAUCCACAACAGUAUCUAUUGCUCGAUCGACUCGUCCACAAGUAUCCCGUGUCAUUGCGUCCCGCCAUUGAUCGGAUCGAUCCCGAAACUGGCGAGUUUCAUUUUGUGGAAAUUCCAACCGACAACCCGCACAAGUACAAUACCAGUUCCAAAACGACGGAACGACCCGAUGUCAUUGUCUUUGCCACGGGGUACCGCUACUACUUUCCCUUUUUCCAGCCGCCAAAUAAUGACAGUGACAGCAGCAGCACACCCGCCAUGCCGUUUGUCCGUGCCGAUGGCUUCAAAAUGGAACGAUUGUACAACCGCAUCCUCUCGAUUGACGACCCGACGUUGGGAUUCAUUGGCAUUCCCAAUCAGAACCUGUCCCCGGCCAUUGUCAUGGAAUAUCAAGCCCAGUGGUUUGUGCACAAUGCCGUCUUGCAUCCAUCCACGCUCCCCUCCAAAAAAGCAAUGUUGCAGGAAUGGGAAUCGCGAGCCAAUGAUCCCUCACAGGAUGCCCUGGGUAUGAAGUGUUCCAUCUAUUGCAACCAGCUCGUAGCGCAAGUUCCAGGAUUACGUGGAUUCUGGACGCAAGUCGUCAUGGACCGACUGCCACUUAUUAUGCGGACCAAGUGGUAUCGAUACAAAAAGACGACCUCGAUGACACAACAACUCUGGUGGCCACUGUUGGCCGUCCUUGGUGCGAUCCUUGCAUUGGCGUGGAAGUACCUCUUGGUGGCAGAUUCAUCAUCAACAACGACAUUGGCCUGA